UUCGCUUGACUACCUCCUAGCUCAUCAUUGCCUUUGUACGACUGUUCAACAAUGCCAUUCUGCAAGCUCCAUCCAUGGCCUCAAUCUCCAAUUGAUCCAGCAAGCAGAGCUAUUUCUCACGACAGCCAACGUUUUCAGGAACGGUUAUCCGGCGUCAAGAAAAGCUACCAGCAACCAGGACAGGCCCUCCAACCGCGCUCAAGCUAUCGAUACGCCCCAGAAGAGCUCUCCACCCCCUUGCAGCAGGCAUCCAACCCACCCCUCUAUUCACCACUAAAAGCCUUGCCACGACGUACUGGUACCUGUGGAGAUACCUGUGGCUUGAAAAUGGCAGUGGUUUGCAUCGGACGGCAGCGGCCGGCGUCACACCUUUUUUAACGGCAUCGUAUCCCCACCAUCGCGCAGCUGUAGCUUCGACGAUUUCAGAACGGAACCUCUCAACACGUCCAUUCCCGCCUCAAGUUCUGCAACAAUCGAUAAACAUGACAUCACUUCCUCCCGUGUCUACGUUGCCACAUGCGUCCGAUUCGGAGUUGACGACGGUGCUGGACUUGCUCUUCGAGCCUUCACUCCCGCUCAAUGCACUCACACUGCCCGUGCUGCGGUCAACGACGUUUUCGAGUUAUGAGGUUUUGAUCACUGCUGUCAAUGCCCAGUUGAAGGCGCUUGCGAGCUCAGAUAGCCCAGAAGAUGUGAAGAAGCUAUCAGAGAUUCUGUGCUCGCAUCCACGCCUCGGCGAGAAGAAGGUCGAGAGCGAGCAGAGCAGAAAAGAGCAGGCGCAGUUACAUCAGGGCGCCGAGGAAGAGAAGGAGAAGCUGGAGAGUCUGAAUAGGGAGUAUGAGGCGAAGUUUCCGGGGUUGAGAUAUGUCGUAUUCGUAAACGGGCGCCCACGCCCCGUCAUAAUGGAGAACAUGCGCACCCGCAUCGACGGGGGCGACAUCAAAGCCGAGCGACAAGAAGCCAUUCAGGCCAUGUGCGAUAUAGCACUUGACCGGGCUACCAAGCUCCAGGCGUGACUAUCUACUUCGAAACUCUGAGCUGUGUCAGUAGUAGAACAACUGCCUGAGUUUCGAGCCCAACUUAUACCAUAACAUCUGCCUCGCCAGACAAGCCGCUGGUCGGGCAAAUUGAAGUCAGCAUCAAAGGCAGAGAAAGCCCUGCUUACGAGAUUGGCAAACUUCAUGCAUCUACAUAGUGCAUGACAGCGAUUGUGGCAGCAGCAUCCAAGAUCGAAGAUACGGGUGACAUUCUAUCAAGGACUUAAUCUUCUAACUUCCUCACGUCUUUGUAUCUGCAAUAUAGCAAGGUAAUACAAUAUUAAAACAACAGC